AUGGCCACCGGUGCAACGGGGCAGUUGCAGGCCCCGUCUAUCAGCCUGGAUGAACUCCAAGCCUUCCAUACGCGGCAUUUCCCCGGACAGGGUCAACCCCCUAUGCCGAACUUUGCCCACGAAAAUGCUCAGCUUGGCGAGAGUGAAUAUUAUGAAGAAGAAGAUGAUGGACUAGGAUAUUAUCCAGAUGGCGUGAAGCGAACCCUUACCGACGAACAGAUCCGUAUAUUUCGACAUAGUGAGAUACACGCCAUUCUGCGCAAGAGACAGUUGGAAGAGGAGCGGAGGCUUCAAGAAGAAGAGGACGCAACUGGCCGCAGUAGCGAGAAAGGACCAGUGCACUCGAUAAAUCCCGACCAGACGUCGAUGGAUCGGAAGACAGAUGCUAGCGUCCCUAAGUCGUCCGGUGGCUCUGAUCACCGAAAGGGUGAUCAAGGAGUAUCUGGUCUUGAUUAUGAUGGUGACUCUUCUUACCGAGUUAAUACCAGGGACGAUGCUGCGGCGGCAGCUGCUUCCCGUUUCGCGGGGAGGAGAAUCAUCUCCUACGAUGAUUAG